AUGCCUCCUCGGAAGGAUGUGGACGAAGCCUUGGCAGCCUUGGCCGACCGCCUCACCACCUUACAACAGCAACAGGAGACCCGUUUUGACAACUUUCAAUCCCUAAUGGAUGCCAGGUACGAAUCCAUCAAUAGCAUCCUAGCUACGGUUGUUGAAAAACUUGCUGCUGUGCACCCUUCCUCUUCCUCCACUAUUGAUAAUAGCCUUCCACCUCCCAUUCCUAAUCUCACCAGCCCUGGACCUGAGGGUUCUACUCCCCAUAACCUUACACCUCCCUUUCCCUCUUUUACCCCAAACCCCUUCUCCACCCCUUUUACCCCUCCACCUUUCACCACUAUCCCACGUCAACUUUCUUCCCCUAACACUAUGCAUGCUGUUCGCCCUCCCAAAUUGCAACUUUCUCAUUUUGACGGUUCCGAACCCCUUGAUUGGUUAUUCCAAGCAGAACAAUUUUUCUCUUACCAUCAAAUUCCCAUUGAGGCUCGUUUGUCUAUGGUUGCUUUUUAUAUGAAAGGCGAUGCUCUUUCCUGGUUUAAAUGGAUGCUCCACAACCAACAGCUCUCUGAUUGGCACGCUUUUGAGCGUGCUCUGGAGCUCCGCUUUGGCCCCACAGGCUAUGAAAAUUUUCGGGCUGAGCUCUUCAAAUUGCGUCAACACACCACUGUCACUGAAUAUCAACAAAGGUUUGAGAAAAUUUCUAAUAGGGUUUAUGGCCUUCCUCCUGAUGCUAUUGUUGACUGUUUUUAUUCUGGCCUCCUCCCUGAAAUUAGACGUGAACUCGCUAUUCUUAAACCCACCACCGUUUCCCAAGCCAUUGGUCUCUCUAAAUUAAUUGAGGCCAAGAUCCGAGACUCCAAACCCAAAAUACCUCUUAACCGUCUCCCACCUCUUCCAUCCCCACCAGCCACCACUACUUCCCCCUUGCCUAUCAAACGCCUUUCCCCAACUCAAGUCCAAGAACGUAGAGCCCAAGGUUUGUGCUUUAAUUGUGAUGCCAAGUAUCACCCUGGUCAUAAAUGCCAAACCCCAAAAUUUCUCCUUCUUAUGACUGAUGACCCUCCCCCUGACCCUAUAUCCCCAUUUCCCAACCCAUGCCUCCUCACUGAUCCCCCUGAUACCGAAACCCCUCUUAUUUCAUUUGACCAAGAUACCCCACCAGCUAUCCACUUUCACCUAUCUGCCCAAGCCAUUUCUGGGUGCCCCUCCCCUCAAACCCUCCGUUUCAAAGGGUCCAUUCUAGGCCUUCCUGUUUCUGUCCUGAUUGACACGGGUAGCUCCCAUAAUAUCCUUCAACCACGAAUAGCCAACCACCUACAUAUCCCCAUCACACCUACACCUCAAUUUCCGGUUAUGGUCGGUAAUGGUUCCCACAUUUUUUGUGUUGGUUUAUGCCCAGAUGUCGCCCUCACCUUGCACUCCCAUACAUUCUCCAUUCCUUUUUACUUAUUACCCAUACAAGGUGCUGAUGUUGUAUUGGGCAUUGAAUGGUUACGUACAUUGGGCCCGAUUGUCUCUGAUUUUUCCAUCCCCACUAUGUCUUUUACCAUUUCUGAUACACCUAUCACCCUUCAAGGCGACACCAACUUCACUCCUACACCAGCUACUUACCACCAGCUUUGCCACCUGCUCCACACUAAUGCCAUUGCUUCAUUUCACCUUCUUUCAUUUCAACCCUUAGACCCCACACCCUCAGCUGUUUCCCCUAAUAUCCCCACUCUCACUCACCCUAACCCUGCCAUUGAAGAUCUCCUUCUUCAAUUCUCACAUGUUUUCCUUGCACCCACGGGCCUUCCCCCAAACCGUCCCCAUAACCACCAUAUUCCCUUAUUACCUACUGUUUCCCCCAUUAAUCUUAAACCUUAUCGCUACCCUCAUGUGCACAAGGAGGUUAUGUCCUCCAUUAUCUCUGAAAUGUUACAAGAAGGCCUCAUCAUUCCCAGCACUAGUCCUUACUCCUCACCGGUUAUUUUGGUUAAAAAGAAAGAUGGAUCUUGGAGAUUUUGUGUUGACUAUCGAGCUCUUAAUGCCAUUACAGUGAAAGAUAAAUUUCCUAUUCCCACCAUUGACGAGCUAUUGGAUGAACUGGGGUCGGCUUCGUUAUUUUCUAAAAUUGACCUUCGCUCCGGCUACCAUCAAAUACGUGUACACCCCCCUGACACUCACAAAACAGCCUUCAGAACUUUUGAUGGGCAUUAUGAAUUCUUGGUAAUGCCCUUCGGUCUCACUAAUGCUCCCUCAACGUUCCAGGCAGCCAUGAAUGAUUUAUUUCGCCCGCAUUUGCGCAAAUUUGUUCUAGGCACCUCAUUUCAGCCCAAGGCGUCCAACCGGACCCUGAGAAGAUCAAGGCUAUUCUGGAAUGGCCCCGACCUCACGACCUCACCACACUCCGUGCUUUCCUCGGCCUCACCGGGUUUUACAGGCGAUUUAUUCGCCACUAUGCUACUAUUGCGGCGCCACUCACAGAUUUAUUACGUUCUUCCUUUCUAUGGAGUUGUGAUACAGAACAAGCAUUUGCUGCUUUACAAAGAGCCCUUGCCCAAGCCCCAGUCCUAG